AUGUCUCAGCAGCACAAGGCUCUUCUCAUUCACGCCAAGGGUGCACGCAUGGAACUUGGCACUCGCCCGACGCCGACGCCUGGGGCGGGCCAAGUUCUUGUGCGCACCAUCGCGGUGGGUUUGAACCCCAUUGACAGCUACAUGCAGCUUGUCGGUUUCUACAUCACGGAGGAUAGGCUCCCGGUCGUUCCGGGCUGCGACGGCGCUGGCGAAGUAGUCAAGCUUGGUCCCGACGUCCACGGCUGGGAGAUAGGUGACAAAGUCUUCUACCCCGGGCAUAUGCACAACGACCGCACGACGUUCCAGGAGCUCGUCGUGGUCGACUCCCUCCGUAUGGCCAAGAUCCCCACCAACAUCACUCCCGAGCAAGCUGCUACGAUCCCGCUCGGCGCCGGUCUCACGCCUCCCUGGGCCGAGGGCGGCCGCGGCAAGUACGCUGGCAAGGCGGCUCUCGUGAUCAGCGGCUCUGGUUCUGUCGGACAGUUUGCGUUGCAGCUCCUCAAAGCCUCGGGCUUUAGCCCGCUCAUCGCCACCGCGGCGAAGCAGAACGAAGAAUACUGUAAGGCUGCGGGCGCCACGCACGUCAUCGACCACAAGGAGGUGCCCUACGCCGAUCUUCCUGCGGCCGUCAAGAAGAUUGUCGGCGAGACGCCCAUCGCCUUCGUCUAUGACGCUUGGGCGAAGGGAGAGUCCCAGAAGGCUGGCUUCUCGCUUCUCGCUCCCGGUGGUGCGAUGGCUACAGCGAUGAAGGCGGAGGUCGGACUGCGCGCUAAGGACGACGAGCUCGGUCGCCGCGUCGUGAGCCCGUACGGAGGCACGAACGAGGAGAACCAUCUCGACUUCUCGGCCGAGAUGUACGCGCAUCUUACGGAGAUGCUUGAGAAGGGCGAACUGAAGCCGAACAACGUCAAGCUUCUGGAGGGCGGUUUCGAAGCCAUCCCGGCUGGGUGCGACGAACUACUCAAGGGCGUUAGUGGCGUGAAGCUGGUAGCACGCGUGGACUAG